AUGUACAUCAUCAUCUACUUGAUUGGGAGUUGGGGAGCAGGAAAAUCUUUUCCUGAAGGAGUCGCAGGUCGAGAGGUUGUGUGGAAGAAACUCGACCGGAUUGAAAAGAGUCUGAACAGGCUGGAAGAAGAGAAGAUUGUGGUGCCCAAGUUAUAUCCAAACUCCCACCUGUUCGCCAAAUGGGGCGAUGGCCUGUCAGAAAAGGAUCAAAAAGAGGCUCAAAAUCUGUUUCAGAUAUAUGGAUACAACGUCUUCCUGAGCAACCAGCUGCCACUUGACAGGAAGCUGCCGGACACAAGAGAUAAGAGAUGUCUGACGAAGACUUAUCCCAAAGACCUGCCAAACAUCAGCGUGGUUCUCAUCUACAUAAACGAAGCCCUUUCUAUCAUUAAGAGGGCAAUACGGAGUAUCAUCAUCCACACUCCUCAGCACCUGCUCAGGGAAAUCAUUCUGGUGGAUGACUGUAGCACUUUCAAUGACCUUGGAAAACCGUUACAAGACUACAUAGAUCAGAUUCACGAAGAGAGGCCUGGACUCAUAAAAAAAGUACGGCAUAGGCGACAAAUGGGCUUGUCCCAGUCACGGAACUCAGGUUGGGAGCAUGCCACAGCUGAUGUUGUGGCCAUUUUCGAUGCACAUAUUGAAGCCAAAGAGGGAUGGGCAGAGCCUUUGCUGGCCAGGAUCAAAGUCGACAGGACGGUAGUAGUCUCCCCUGUGUUUGAUAAGGUCCAUUAUGAUGACCUACUUGUGGAAAGAUACGCGCCAUAUUCUCAUGGCUUUGACUGGGCUUUGUGGUGCAUGUACGAGUACUUUAGCCCAGAGUGGCUGAAGAUGGAGGAUGAAUCGCAGCCUGGGAAGAGUCCCUCUGUUAUGGGAAUCUUUGUAGCGGACAGAGGUUUCCUUGGAGAAAUUGGUGGGCUUGAUGGCGGAAUGACAGUCUAUGGAGGAGAAAAUGUUGAGCUUGGGAUUCGUGUGUGGCUGUGUGGAGGGAGCGUUGAGGUUGUGACUUGCUCCAAGAUAGCUCACAUUGAGAGGGCGCAUAAACCGUAUGCACUUGAUCUCAACCCUGCCAUGAGGAGAAACGCCUUAAGGGUUGCUGAUAUCUGGUUUGAUGAUUAUAAGAGGAAUGUCAUGAUUGCCUGGAACAUUCCUCUUGAGGAUCAUGGAAUUGAUACUGGCGAUGUGUCCACGAGGAGGAAGCUCAGAGACAAGCUCCACUGUAAACCUUUCAAAUGGUUCCUGGACAAUGUUUAUCCAAGUCUGGAAACAUGGGAUAACCUGUUGGGGUAUGGCGUGCUGAAGAACACCCUUUUUGAGAAGUACUGUGUGGACCAGGGAGCCAUCCCAGGAAACAUCCCCAUCUUAUACAAGUGCCACUCCCAGCAGCCACAGCUUUGCUACUACAACACAGACGGUGAAAUCAUCAUUGGGGGGAUUAAAGCUCACAAAUAUAACCAUAACCGCUGCCUGGUUGAUCCAGGCUCUGGCAGCACCCCCACCCUGCAUGACUGUCAGCUGGCAAAGCUAAAUGAACUAUACAUGCAAUGGGACUUCAAACAAGGCCAAGCGAUCAGAAACAAAGCAACAAAGAGAUGUCUCGAGGUUGCCCAGGGAGAAAACUCUUACUAUAAGCUCAUCAUUCAGCAGUGCAGUGGACAAAGCUGGAGGAUUGAGAAUCUUAUCACAAGUUUUUAG